AUGCUAGAAAAAAGAGAGAAAAUGCAUGCUGAACCAAAGAAUCGAGACAAAAGAAGCCAUAAUAAAGGAAUAGAGGAAUACUCUGAGCAUAUACUUAAAAGAAAUGAGCAGAUUCCUGCAGAGGAACCACAGUUGUCAUGGCCAAGCCAAAGCAUGCAGGUGGACACGCCGAUCGAGGUGGUCUAUUCGUCUUUACAGAAUUCGGAAAUAGACGAGGAUCUGCCCUAUGGAGACAAAGUGGAGAUUGAGGAGCCAUCUAACGCGAUCGGCUAUUCAGCGCUGGUAUCAAGGCCGAAAGUGAAUCUCAUCGAGGCUGGCAUGCUUACGAAGCCUAAAUCUGUUUGCCAUGCUUGGAGCCAAGCAGGAAUAUCCUUACCUGAGAGGGAUGGUUGGUUUCGUGACCCCAGACCAGCAGACUCUACUCACCUGACGGAUUACCUAUACAGAGCUUCGCUUGCAUUCCAUGAACCUAAAGAGAGAUGCUUAGAGAAGAGAGAGAUUGGCGUUCAGGCAUUUGAAGUUAAACCACUUAGUGUGCACGAUGGCCAGAAUUCUUGCCUCGGCUCUGGCAUGGGUUUACACAGAUUUGUCAUCGAAUCCGGUCGGGUGAACAUGCAGGUGAUGCAACACGUGUCAGCAGUAGCCUCGAUUGCAUUGCAGACGGAUCCUGACACAGAUACAGCGACAGAGUCCAGUAUUCACUUCCAUCCUUCCCCUCACUCCCGGUCUGUGUUAACCGCGGAAGAAUCUGUCGCCUCAUCAAGAUUACUGGCGAUGACAGAGAACUCAUCUGAGAGGCUCGUUAAGAUGGAUCCUCAAAGCCACGGCAUACUAAAGGAUGUCUUACGAACGCUACCAAAUAUCACCGAGGUCUGUAGCUUCUAUACUAUCGGGCUUGACGAUGUCUCAGUGAUAACUAUGCCUAGGGAGAUGAGCAGCGUGUCAGUUCAAAGUGAAGGCGGACAGACUCAACAACUAAGAUGGGAUGAAGAAAAGAGUGUCUCUGUCGACAUUUCAUUUGAGCAAAGUCAAAACGCUAAGGCGUAUGUUGAGUUGACGCAUCCAGAUCUAGAAAGCCUUCCUAGAACUAUCCAGCAAUCACUUCUACAUCUAUUCACAAAUACUUUGGAACUACCUACGCCUUCCUCAGUUCUCGAUUCUUCGGCCCUUCUAUCUUCUACACUUGAUCAAUCUUCUUCUCGAUUACCUUAUUCUGCUCCCUACUAUAAUGGAUUAAUAUCGAAUGAAUAUUCCUCGUCCUCACCUUCAUUAUUACUCUGGGAUAUUUCUUCUGAUAUUCUCCAUCACAGCAUUUAUUCGAUGAGUCAUCAAAACGCUGAUCUUCAAUUAACUGCCUUCCGAUCUCCACAUUUUUCUCAAGUUCGCAUUUUUAAAAUUAUUAUUUUAUAUUCAGGUUUUGCCAAUCUAUAUAUCUUUCAUUUUUUAAAUAUCGUUUCUUAUCUUCAUUAA